GUCGCGACGGUGACGGCGGCAAAUACAGACGUCAGGCGUCUGACGAAAAAAUUAAUUAAUUCCCCCGGGAAAUUCACGGGGGAAAAUGGAUUUUCCCGUGAAUUUAUCGGGCUGUCAGAACUUGAAGUUCUAUUCGUUCUACUGAAAGUCUGGAUGAAACAAUUUUAUUUCGAAUAUCCUCGUAUCCCAAGCCUCAGGCUCUUCUAUGGGUCACGUGAAAAGCGCGCCUUAUUACGUAAUUUUAAUUCAAGAGAGAGACAUCCAUUUGCCACGCCCCCGCUCCAAUGUUUUGUGUUUUCUUUUUGUUAAUUGUGUUUUAGAAUGGAAAAAUUAGAAUCUGAUAGGACCUGUCUCCACCCACAAUGACGGAAUACUGGUUGAUAUCUGCCCCUGGGGACAAGACAUGUCAGCAAACGUGGGAAACAAUGAACAAUCUCACGUCCAAGCAAAAUUCCUUAUCCUUAAACUACAAAUUCCACAUCCCCGACCUAAAAGUCGGUACCCUGGAUCAAUUGGUAGGAUUAUCUGAUGAUCUGGGUAAACUCGAUGCCUUUGUCGAACAAGUAACCCGCAAAGUUGCUGCCUACUUGGGUGAAGUACUAGAGGAUCAGAGAGACAAAUUGCACGAGAAUUUGAUGGCCAACAAUAGUGACUUGCCGUCUUACAUUACUCGUUUUCAAUGGGACAUGGCUAAGUAUCCGAUUAAGCAGUCAUUGAGGAAUAUUGCUGAUAUCAUUAGCAAGCAAGUUGGACAGAUUGAUUCCGAUUUGAAGACCAAGUCGACGGCGUAUAAUAAUCUUAAAGGAAGCCUCUCCAAUCUCGAAAAGAAGCAAACCGGAAGUUUACUAACUCGCAAUCUCGCUGAUCUCGUGAAGAAAGAGCACUUUAUCCUGGAUAGCGAGUACCUCUCAACUCUUCUCGUAAUCGUUCCAAAAUCCAACUUCCAAGAGUGGAAUGCUAUAUACGAGAAGCUCACAGACAUGAUUGUACCUCGGAGCAGCCAAAUGAUUACCCAGGACUCGGAAUACGGUCUCUUCACGGUGACACUUUUCAAGAAAGUCGCUGAGGAGUUUAAACUCCACGCGCGCGAGAAGAAAUUCAUCGUUCGUGAUUUUACGUACAACGAGGAGGAACUCGCAGCUGGGAAAAAUGAGAUCACCAAACUGGUGACUGAUAAGAAAAAACAAUUUGGACCUCUUGUUCGCUGGCUAAAAGUCAAUUUCAGCGAGUGCUUUUGCGCAUGGAUUCACGUCAAAGCCCUCCGGGUUUUCGUGGAGUCCGUUCUGAGAUAUGGAUUGCCUGUAAAUUUCCAAGCAAUUCUUCUGCACCCGAAUAAGAAAAAUACCAAGAGAUUGAGGGAUGUGCUUAAUCAGUUGUACGCGCACUUGGACUCGUCCGCAUCGGGGGCGGGCGGUGGUAAUCAAGAUAGUAUGGAUAUUCCUGGACUGGGUUUCGGUCAGAACGAGUACUAUCCCUACGUCUAUUACAAAAUAAACGUCGAUAUGGUUGACAAUAAGGUUUAAGGAAUUAAAAAGAACACUGUGUCAAUAUUAACGUCCUCUAGGCGCACAUGCUACUAUUAUUUCCUCCUUUAAUUCGUCUGUCAUUGAGUCUCACGUUGCAGGUGCGUGAGACAGAAAUAAUUGUCAUUUGAGUGGAGAUCAUACGAUUUAUUUGAAUUUCCGCGUAAUUUUUGAGGAUAGACACCUGCGAUUUCCAGCAUUGUAGUAAUUAAAGAUAAUUCCAAUCGGAUCAUGUUGGCAUAUUAAUUCGACAGAGGGAACAGCAUUGUAAAUAAUUAUCACAAGAUUCAUGCGGAAUUACUAAAACACUUGAAAAUAAUGGACGUUAAAUUAAAAUCCGAUCCUGGUUUGAUCGGUAUUUUUACAAUGUAUUCCAGCUCCUCAUUAUUCUGUUCAAUUCCUGGUUUUAAUCGAGUUCAGAGAGAAAACUAUUCUAUUGUAAGAUUUAUGAAUGUUAAAAUUGUUUGAAUGGCGUUUUGAAUUAGUAUUAUGAGGCGUGAGGAAGUUAUUUAAACAAUUACGAUGAGAAUCGCACUAGGAAUAGUUUUCCAAGUGAUUUUCCGGUCACCAUCGUUUCUGGAAAUUUUAUGAGUGACGAAAUACUAGGAAUUGUAUUGCAAUGUCGAGAGGUUCGGUUAUCAUUCAGUAUUUUUUUACGACAACGAGAAACACUCAGACUUUUGAAAUGAUAAUCAUUUCUGCAAUAACCACUUCAUUUAGGGAAGAAUACAAUGGGAGAAUCUCGUUAGAAAAAUAGAAAUUUUUUGGCUUUCUUCUGUGAGAGAUAAAAAUGAAAAGAAUUUCGCAUGUGUUCCUCUCCCCUAUUUUCAUAAAGACACCAUGCGAAGAGCCUCAGACGCAGCUGCGAGUGUGACAAAACGCCGAGAUGAACUUGUAUAUUGUAGAUACAAAUUGGUUAUGCGAUUGUUCAGAUCCACUGUACAUCGAUUAUCAAAUAAACUGUAAAGGUAUGAAUAAAUAUCCCGUUCCGUUA